AUGAAGUUCUCCAUCACAGCAGCCACAGCGGCCUUGUUGCCUCUGGCUGCUGCUCAAACUUACACAAACUGCAACCCCAGAGAAAGCAGCAACUGCCCUGCUGAUCCAGCUCUCGGCAAAGCUGCGACUUAUGAUUUCACCAAAGGUGCUCCUACUGGAUGGACAGCCUCAGGAACCAUCGACUAUAGCAGCAAAGGUGGCGCUUUCACCGUUGCCAAACAAGGGGACAGCCCUCUCAUCACUUCGGACUUCUACAUCAUGUGGGGCCAUGUUGAGUUUGUCCUGCAAGCUGCCCCAGGCACUGGCAUAGUAAGCAGCGCUGUGAUGCAGUCAGACACUUUGGACGAAAUCGAUUGGGAGUUUCUUGGUGGUGAUUCUGGCACUGUCCAGACCAAUUAUUUCGGCCAUGGUGACACUUCAGUGUACAAUCGCGAACAGACUUUCUCGACACCAGACAAUCAAGCUGGUGUUCACACCUACGCUGUUGACUGGACGGCCGAUCGCAUUGUUUGGCAAAUUGACGGCACAACUGUACGCACCCUCACCCCAUCGAAUGCGGAUUCUGGCCAGUAUCCCCAGACCCCAAUGAUGAUAAAGGUUGGAAUCUGGGCCGGAGGUGAUCCUAGUAACCCUCAGGGUACGAUAAAUUGGGCCGGUGGUGUAACCGAUUAUAGUAAAGGACCCUUUACAAUGUACUGCCAAUCGAUCUUAGUCACCGACUAUUCAACUGGCAGCGAGUAUAAAUAUACUAGCGAAAGCGGUACUUCGGAUUCAAUUUCAGCCGUGGGUGGCAGCGUUGGCGGUAAUGCGGGUGCAACUGCUUCUGUGUCUACAGAGGCUGCGUCCCCUACCAUCACUUCUACGAAUAGCGAUGCCCCCAUGCCCUGGAGCGGAACCCACAGGGAUACCUCCACAGUCGCUCAUAGCGUCUGGCCAUGGGUGUCGACAGCUACCGCAUCUCUGACGAGUGAUCCCUCAGACUGGUCUACUAGUGCCGGUAGUGCGUCGGCACCCCCCACGGUUUCUGUAAGUGAGCAUUUCCCUAUGCUUUUUACUUUGCUGCCACGGAGCUGA